UCCGGAGAAACUCCACAGCACCAUCAUCACCCUUCGGUUCCCAAACAAACUUUACCAACUCACGCUCCAAUCCGCAACUUUUCCUCCAGCAGCCUCCAUCGAAAAGUCCCGUCGCCAGUCAUAUCCGCUGGGAAAACAAAAGCAGAAAUGUCCCCUCCGUCCGCACGGCUGCAAACUAAACCCGUGAUAACGUGUCUGAAGACGUUUCUGAUCUCGUACAGUCUGAUUUUCUGGUUCACAGGAGUGAUCUUGUUGGCUGUUGGAGUAUGGGGAAAGGUUAAUUUGGAGUUUGACCUCCUCCUGAAUUCAGACAAGGGCACCAACGCACCAUACGUCCUCAUUGGGACCGGAGCCAUCAUCAUCAUCUUCGGGUUGUUCGGAUGCUUCGCGACCUGCCGUGGAAGUCCGUGGAUGCUAAAGCUGUAUGCUAUGUUCCUGACGCUUGUGUUCUUAGCUGAACUAGUGGCAGGUAUAUCCGGCUUUAUUUUCAGACAUGAGAUUAAAGCAGUGCUUCAAGGUGUCUAUAAUAAAGCUGAAACAGUCUACACCGGUAAGGACAACGAAGACCUAGACAGAAUCCAGAGAACACUGCAGUGCUGUGGAGAGAAGAACUACACCAGCUGGGCAAACACAGAAUACUUCAAAAAAGAGGGCAUCCCCACAAGCUGCUGUAACAUGACCGCUGGCGUAAACUGCACGUCUGCUGAACUUAGAGAUCUUAACAAGGCGGCAUCAGUGGUAUAUCAACGGGGUUGUUUCUCUCUGAUGACUACAACAAUGGAGGCCAAUCUUGGAAUUAUUGCUGGAAUUUCUUUUGGAAUUGCAUUCUUCCAGCUCAUUGGGAUAUUCCUGGCAUGCUGUCUGUCUCGCUAUAUCACCAACAACCAAUAUGAGAUGGUGUAGUGAUCCACAGGGUAUCAACUGGAGAUCACAGAGGGCUGAACCUGACAAAAAGGGAAACCAUUUAGUUUCAGUGUUUUAUAUGUGUGCCUUAGCUAAAUAUUUCAUUUUAGAGAAUUUCUGAGUGCUUUUUAAAGAAUAUUUCUUGUUGGUACCUACAUUGAGGAACCCAUUCUAAACGGAUACGAUCAUUUUGCAUUUGUUUCGCCAGAGUGUAAAUAUAACAGUGAUUAGAUCUACAGAAGUUUGUAGAAAGUGCAUGUGUUUUAGGAGAUGUUAAACCAGGAACCAGUUAUGCAGUAAAUAGUGUACUGCACGCCUUGACUUCGGUUUCAGUGGAAUUAACACAUUUUAACUGUACAUCUAGUAAAAUAAAAAAUAGUAAUUGCAUGCAACUAUUGUUCUACACUUUGCCAAAAAGAAUGUUUUUGAGAAUUUGAAACAUUGUUUCAUGUUACAUAAGGACCAGCAGUUUAUUUUCAAGAACCAGUUUUAAUACAUGUAUGUUCAUUUCCUUUUGGAUUGCUUCUGUGAAACCGAUGUGGUUAUUUGCAAUUUCUCUGCAGUCUUUAUUAAUGUAGCAGCUAUAGUGUUAAUUGUAAUGUUGUUGAAUGUCAUGCCAGUGAUGUGCUGAAGAGAAAAUUUGUGGUGUCUCUUUAACUUUGUCUACAAAAUGUGAAAUCUUUUCACCCAGGUUGAUCAGGUAACAAUAUUUAACAUGUACAUACAAUGCUACAAAUAUCAGCAUUAUCUAUACAGGGGUUGAGCAGUAUUUAAAAACAUCCUUGCGUUUGUAAAGUAAAAUCAGGUGAUAUAUAAUCCUGAUUGCUUUUGAAACUAUAAUUAUUUUCUCUUAUCACUCCAGUAUAAUCAUACAGAUUAAUUUUAUUGUAAGAGAAUCCACCCUCUGCUGUCAGCAUAAGGGUUUACUUUUGGGGCAUGUAACCUUAGACUUUUAUAUCUCUGUACAAACUGUCAACAGCCUGUUUUUGUGCAAACUGUAAAAUGAAUAGAAACAAUAAACUUUUAUAUUAGCAUAAGCUUCAGACGUAGAA